UCGAAUUUUUCUGAAAUAUCUAUCAAAUUGAAUGUGUAAAAAAAUGUAUAAAUAUGAUAAAUUUCCCCAAGAGAAUAUUUCAACUUUACAAAGUUCGCUGGCUGUAUUUCACUGCAAUAUUAUGCUUUUUUGUGAUCUACUACAAAAUAUAUGUUUAUGUUAUCAAGGAUACUAGCGAGAGGUUUUUCAAGAAGGAUUAUUUUGUGAAUACUAAGGGUUGUCAAGUAUCAGCUUUCAACCCAUUUUCGAGAAAAGUCUUGGCGCACACAAGCAAACUGAAACCGUAUAAAUGUACCCAAAAGAAACUGUUAUUAGCGCAGACAAUAAAUGGUAGUAAUUUCUUAGUGCUACCGAUGAAGAGAAAAAGCAUAUUUCGAAUUUAUAGAGUGAAGGAAAUAUCUGAUAUAAAGUGUGAAUACAAUGUUAUAAAAAGAAUUACCGAUAAACUAAAUAAAUAUAGCAAGAAGAAGACUUUUUCAUUGAGCAAGAGAAGAAGACAAAUCGAAGUGAAAAGUGGAGCGACAAUCAUAAGAACUAAAUGUUUUGGGCUUCAGAAAGAAAUACUUUAUCACGAUGUACAUUUCUUUAUGCCUCCUUUAGGCAAAAAAACAAAACAAACGAGGCGGGAAAAGCGACUUUCUGUGCUUAUACUUGGCAUCGAUUCCAUUUCGCAUCUACAUUUCAUAAGAUCGAUGCCUUUAUUACGCACUUAUAUCAAAUUAUUGCCACAUGUGGAAUUCUGGGGUUAUAAUCGAGUUGGUGACAAUUCCUAUCCCAAUCUGAUGCCUUUCUUUAGUGGCUUGAACACCACCGAAUUGGAAAAGGAUUGCUAUAAUGACGAAAAGAAUUUCGACAAGUGUCAACUGCUCUUUCAGCACUUUAAAUCAUUUGGUUAUACUACGAGUUUUGGUGAAGAUACUUAUAUCGGUGGCACGUUUAAUUAUCAAAAGGGAGGAUUUGAAAAGAUACCCACAGACUUUUAUUUGCGACCUGUGAUGGUGGAAAUUCAUCGUCACACAACCUACGAACUUGAGAGAGAACAAAGCAUCAAUUGCAGUGGAGAUCGCAAGUACUCCGAUGUUCUGUAUGAAUUCAUUAGGAAACUCGUGCCACAUUUGCAACAAUCGCCGCACUUUUCAUUCUUUUGGCAAACACAGGGAGUGCAUGAUUAUUUCAAUUAUUCCCCUCUUAUUGAUAAGGAUUACUUUCGCUUAUUGCGACUCUUUGAAACGGAGAAUAUUUUAAGCUCAACGCUUGUGUUGCUUAUGUCCGAUCAUGGCUUGAGAUACGGAGAUUUUCGGACAACUUAUCAAGGAAUGCUCGAGGAAUCGCAACCGCUUUUGAUAGCAAUUUAUCCAGAGUGGCUGGCAACUGCUUAUCCUUUAGCCUUGUCUAAUCUAAAAAAGAAUUCUCAUAGUCUCAUCACAACUUAUGAUUUGCAUGCCACACUCAAGGAUUUAACGAACUUGAAUUUACUAAGCAAUGAAAAUGUAAAAAAUCGAACAACUUUGUUGCAACAACUUGGGUCGAAUAUCCCUCGAGGUAUUAGUUUAUUCCUCCCGAUACCAGAGAUCAGAAAUUGUCACUUGGCCAGCAUUCCAGCUCAGUUUUGUCUCUGUCAUAAGUUGCAUCAGAUUUCCUCUAGAGAUAAAAGAUCCGAGCGAGCUGCUCGCUUUAUGGUUGAUAACAUAAAUAUUAGAUUGAGUAAUUAUUCACUAUGUCCACAAUUGAUGCUCGAAGAGGUGCAGGAUACUUAUCUUAUCAAGCAGGAUAACGAUCAGCAGAGCUUUGGCGUCAAGGUGCGUUUGAAAACAAUGCCAGGCGGAGGUUUGUUCGAAGGUACAGCUGUAUUUUUUGGGGAUUCUUUAACACUCAAUGGUCCUGUGCUGCGCAUCAACAAAUAUGGCAAUCAAUCUCGAUGUGUGCAGAACUAUAAAAUUGAAAUGUAUUGUCAUUGCUCGCUGCAUUAAACAAUUUGAUAGUUUAGUAUAA